AUGAAAUCAUCAAAAAUGAUUAGAAAAUCUGUUACCUCUGCCUCCAGAAGCAUUUCAACAAAUUCAUCACACACAACAACAACUUCCGGAGCCAAGUUGCACUACUCGACAAGUACGAUGCAUGAUCGUCAUGGCACAACCAAGAAUUGUUUAUUUUCAUCAUCCUCUCGCUCCAUGAUGAUGAUGAACGUAAAUUCUUCUCAUGCCUCUGCGUUGCUUGUUCGUGGCUUAUCAAGAACACAACCCAUCUCUUCAUCCUACCAUACCAAUCAAUCUGUAACAAGAGAAGAAGUCAAGAAACCACUCUUUGAUAAGAUUCUCAUCGCCAACAGAGGUGAAAUUGCCUGCAGAGUGAUUAAAACAGCUAAAAAGCUCGGUAUUCAAACGGUUGCAGUGUAUAGUGAAGCCGAUGCCAAUUCCAUGCAUGUAGCAAUGGCUGAUGAAGCCUACUUGUUAGGUCCACCUGAAUCUAGCCGAUCCUAUCUAUUGGGUGAGAAGAUUAUUGAAAUUGCCAAGAAGAGUGGAGCUCAAGCCAUUCAUCCAGGUUAUGGUUUCCUCUCUGAAAACGCCAAUUUUGCUAGCCUUUGUGCAAAGAAUAGAAUUGUGUUUAUUGGACCACCUGAAGGAGCAAUCAUUGCGAUGGGCUCAAAGAGUGAAAGUAAGAAAAUUAUGGAAAAGGCCAAGGUUCCAGUCGUUCCGGGCUAUCAUGGUGAUGAACAGGGAGAAGAGAAAUUGUUAGAAGAGGCAAAGAAGAUUGGCUUUCCAGUUUUGAUUAAAGCAGUGAUGGGAGGAGGAGGAAAGGGAAUGAAAUUGGCCAAGAGUGAAAAGGAAUUCAAAGAAGCUUUGUCUUCGGCAAAACGUGAAUCGAAAGCAUCCUUUGGUGAUGACCGGGUAUUGAUUGAGAAAUAUAUUCAAACUCCUCGUCACAUUGAAAUUCAAGUUUUUGCAGAUACUCUCGGAAAUUGUGUCUAUCUCUUUGAAAGAGAUUGCUCUGUUCAGAGAAGACAUCAAAAGAUUAUUGAAGAAGCACCUGCACCAGGAUUGGACGAUGCUGUCAGAAAGGCCAUGGGUGAAAGUGCUGUAGAUGCCGCUCGUGCUGUCGGCUAUGUUGGUGCUGGUACUGUUGAAUUUAUCAUGGACAAUGAUGACCAGAAAUAUUACUUUAUGGAAAUGAAUACACGACUUCAAGUUGAGCACCCUGUGACUGAAAUGAUUACAGGACAAGAUUUAGUCGAAUGGCAAAUUGAAGUUGCAUCAGGCAAUAGAUUACCUUUACUCCAGAAAGAUUUGAAGAGACGAGGUCACUCAUUUGAAGCUCGUAUUUAUGCUGAAAACCCAGAAAACAAUUUCUUGCCUGGAACUGGUACAUUACGUUAUUUGAGUCCUCCUGAGGAAGUUGAGGGUGAAGUUAGAGUUGAAACUGGAGUGAGACAAGGCGAUGAGGUUUCUAUUUAUUAUGACCCAAUGAUUGCAAAACUUGUGGUUUGGGGAGAAAAUAGAGAAUUGGCUCUCCGUAAAUUGGUUUCAUGCUUGAACAGAUAUCAUAUUUCUGGAUUGACAACAAACAUUGAAUUUUUGAAGAGAUUGGCUACCAAUCAAAGAUUUAGAAAUGUUGAAUUGGAGACUCACUUUAUUCAAAAGUAUUACAAUGAGCUUUUCCCAGAAAAGACGAUUGAUGAUUCCAUCUUCUUGUUGGCUACUCUCUCCUUAAUUGUUAGAAAUGACCGUCACACAACUCGAUCAAGCGAUCCAUUUGAUCUUCUCAAAGGUCUGAGAUUCAAUCAUAACCAUGAUGAGAACUUUGAGUUCCACCAUCCAUACAAUAAGGAUCAAGUGGUUUCAGUGAGUGUUGAACACUUGUGGGAUCCAACCUCAACAACUAAGUUUGUCAUGAAAAUUGGAAACAAUACUCAUGUUGUGAGUGGAGCCUACGAUGCCACAACAAAGGAAAUUGUUGCAUUUGUUGAUGAUAGAAAGUUCCACAGUACUCUUGCAUUCAGUAAUGACCAAAAGACCAUUUACAUUUUCACCAGAGAUGGUCAACGAUAUGAAAUUGUCCCAGUUUUGGCUGCAUUUGAACAAAAGGGAGGAGCUCACAUGGGAUCCUUAAAGAGUCCAAUGCCUGGAAAAGUCACAGCUGUUAUGGCCAAGGAAGGCGACAAGAUUGUCAAGGGAGAUACUAUCCUCGUCAUGGAGGCCAUGAAGAUGGAACACAAGAUUGUUGCACCAAAAGAUGGUGUUAUUAAGAGUUUACCUUAUAGUGUUGGAGAUUUGGUUCAAGGUGAAGCUGUUUUGGCUGUUUUGGAUUCAUCAUCACCACAACCCUCACCUUCAUCGACAGGAAAGAGAAAGACUCCACCUCCAGAAAAAACCAAAAACAUUACUGCCAAAUAUGAUGAAGAAAAUGAUGAUCGUCAAGCUAUGCUUCCACAAGCAUCUCCAACUGAAUCUUCGACCAAGAAGAAACGUACAUCCAAAGGUUCAUCCUCAUUGGCGUCAAGUUCUGUGCUAAAUUCAACCAAUGUCGUUGGUUCCUCAUCCUCCUCAAUUACAUCAUCCUCUUCAAGCGCUAAACCAAAGGCGAUACCAAUUCCAAUGCCAACGAACGCAUUCCAAUGCACAUGCGAAAGUAUUAGCGAAAUAUUUAGCAAAUUUUUAUAUGUCAUCCCACCGAUUCAAAGACCCUAUGAAUGGGAACCUGAAGAUGUGAUCAAGUUGUGUCAAGAUAUUUCAGAAGCUUUGGAUCGACAAGAUCGAAGAUAUUUCUUGGGAAACAUAUUGUUGAAAAACACUUCUCGGCUUCUUAAGGACAAUCUCACACCAUAUACACUCGAGUCGAUUAUUGACGGACAGCAGAGAUUAAUUUCACUCUGUAUCAUUUUUACAGCUCUACGUUCUCUCAUUGAUCCUGCACAUGCAGCGGCAACAGAUAUUAAUCGUUACUUGAGAUCAGAAAAAUCCUGGCACAAGCAACAAGAACGAAUUUUGAUUGAAAAUGAUCGCCAAGUUUCAAGUGACAACAUUUUCUUCAACAAGUACCUCGUUGACGGUGAAUUUUUUAAGAACAUUUCUGAUCAGAUUACAAAAAAGAACAAGUUUAAUGAAUAUUUGGAUGACUUGGAACAGAAGGAAAUUAUUUAUUCACAAUCCACACGCCAAAUCGCUAAAAAUCUACUUUGUACCAGAUAUUUCUUGAAAAAGAAAUUUAAGAAUGAGGGCCCUUUCAAACCUGCAGCCGCAGCAAACAGCCAUUCAGCCAGGAUAGUCCUCGCUGCCGAAAUUAUUUUCGGAUGCAAUCAACAGAAUCCUUUGGCAUCCGGUUGA